AGUAGCAGCGCGAGCUGCACAGAGUGCGGGUAGUGCGCUGCCCAGCCGCCGUCGGCCAUGUUUCAGUGCAUCAUCCAGCAGCGGAACGGCUGGGCGCGCGCCAGCCCUGACCUCCGUGACGUCUUCCCAGAUAUUCGAGCCCAGCUGUCAGAACAGCUGCGCUGUCUGGACUGCCGGUUGGAGUCUCAGGUGUCCCUGGUUGAAGAGCUAAAGGACUACUUCCGGCGUCGUGCUGAAGUGGAACUAGAUUACAGCAAGAACCUAGAGAAACUUGCUCGUACCCUGCAGAUGAGACACAAGGAACAGCGCCAAAAACGAGAACAAUGGCCACUCUUCUCUAGCUACUCCUGUUGGCAGCAGCUUAUCACACAGACUAAGAAUCUGAGCAAAGACCAUGCAGUUCUGUCUGACAUAUACUCCACUCACGUUGUGGGCCGUUUCACGCAAGUUGCAGAGGAUGUACAACGCAUUUAUCGGAGGUGCCGGGAGAUUGGCUAUGAAACGCAUGAAGAGAUCUUGCGUGUACUCCACGAACUUCACACAACAAUGAAAACUUACCACAGCUAUCAGGCAGAGUGCCGGCAAGCUGAAACAAAACUCAGAGUUGCAGAAGCACAGCGAUUGAAGCUUGAACAAAGUCUGCCAAAGGACAAGCUUGACCGUUCCAAGAAGUAUCGCCUGAUUGAAAAAGAAGUACAAAAGCGCAAGAACAAGUACAAUGACGCCAAGCUGAAGGCACUUAAGGCCCGUAAUGAGUACGUGCUAUGCCUUGAAGCCUCUAACACUACUAUUCACAAGUAUUUUGUUGAUGAUCUCUCUGACCUAAUAGACUGCAUGGACUUCGGUUUCCACAACUGCAUUUCUCGAGCACUCUUAAUGCACGUGAGUGCAGAGGAAACAUGUGCACGUUCUCUGCAAGUGGGUCUAGACCAGAUGACAAGCUCUGUUGGUGCUCUCGACUCGCGACUUGAUAAGCAGAGGUUUCUUGAGGCUCAUCACUCAGCCUUCCUCAUCCCAAAGAAGUUUGAGUUCCAGGGUCAGCGAGAUGAGGGUGCUGACAGUGAGCUACAGAAGUCCCUCCGUGAUGAACUUGAUGCACGACUGCGACAGUUGCAGAAUCGUGUCACAUCCUUAAGGACUGAAUCUGAAGAAGUGUGGAAGACAUUAGAAACUGCAGAAUCUACUCUGCUGGAGAUGCUGGAUGCUCGUGACUAUGACUGUACCUCAUACUUCAACGAAUCCACUACCAGUGCUGCAGUCACAACAAGGCAGCCUGAAGCGCUGUCCCUUAAAUUACGUGCAGAUCGCCACGAGACUGAAGAGUUUUACAUGACGAAAUUCAGAGAGUACCUGAUGAGCACAUCUCGUAUUGCCCGAUUGGACGCAAAGCAGGAGUACCUGAGAGGCCUUUUGGAGAAGGAACGUUCGGGAGAUGGCUCUCCGACAUCCUUACGAUCAGGCACAGGGGCUGGCCCCCCUGGUUCAGGGAACGGAAAGCCGCCACGUCGAAAACGGAUAGGUCGGCCUCAGUUGGGUGGUCAUGGGCAACCAAAGUUAUUUGGAGGGAGCCUGGAAGAGUUUUUGGAAGCCACGGGUCAUGACAUUCCUUUGGUGUUGAAGAGCUGCAUAAGGGUUAUCAACUUGUAUGGUCUUCAUCAUCAGGGAAUAUUUAGAGUGUCUGGUUCCCAAGUGGAGAUAAACAAUUUCAGGGAUGCAUUUGAACGUGGAGAAGACCCACUGGCUGAUGUUACUGAUGCCUCGGAUAUAAAUUCAGUGGCAGGAGUGCUCAAACUAUACUUGAGAGAGCUUCGUGAACCUCUCUUUCCAAUAAUAUAUUUUGAGCAUUUCAUGGAAUUGGCACAGCUGGAGUCUAAACAUGAGUUCGUUGUGAAAAUGCGAGAACUAGUCCAGAGCCUUCCGAGAUCUGUGGUUAUUGUAAUGAGAUAUUUAUUUGCAUUUCUGAAUCAUCUUUCAGAGUUCAGCGAUGAGAACAUGAUGGAUCCAUACAACUUGGCAAUUUGCUUUGGUCCCACAUUGGUACCUGUGCCAGAAGAAAAGGAGCAGUACCAAGUACAGUACCAGAAUCAAGUUAACGAACUCAUCAAAAACAUAAUACUUUACCAUGAGGAUAUAUUUCCACUUGAUGGAGGGCCUGUGUAUGAGAAAUUUAUUAGCAAAGAACCAGACGAAAAUGAUGUUGGUGACUCUCCAUCUGACCAUAUCCCGGAGGACAUGGAUUCUGAAGUGUAUCCUUCAGAGGACGAAUCAGAAUGCAUGGAGGCGACUGCACAGUUUGACUUCAUGGCACGCUCAGAUCGUGAACUGAGCUUCAAGAAAGGAGACCACUUGGUGCUGUUUUCGCAAGUUUCCAAUGACUGGUGGCGUGGCAGCAUAGAUGGUCGUGAAGGACUUGUGCCUGACAAAUAUAUUCUUCUCAAAAUCAGGGAUGAGGACAGAGAGAAACUGGAAGGCACUGGGCUGCGUUCCAGCUCAUCAGAGGAAUCCGUACGGCGGCGAGCGUCCGCCUCUGGGUCUGAGGGCUCUGUGCCGUCAGGCUCAGGGUCGUCACCAUCGCCACUGGCUGCUGUCGCGCCGUCAGCGUGGCCACUUCCCCUUGCGGAUACUCCUCAUCAAGAGAUAGUCAACCAGGUGACUCCAGCAGCAGAAGAACCUCAGGCCCCUGAAGAAGAAAGUACAGAAACGAUGGUCCCUGCUGAUGUGCGAUGCCAAUCACCUCUUCCCAAUGUGAUACAGACUCCAGAAACAGAGGAAGCUGGUGCCAGUGACAGUGGAGCAACACAGGAGGCCCCAUUAGCAGCAAGCAGCCCAUCAGUUCCUGUUGCUCCCAGCCUCAGCCCACCAGCUGUUGUUAAUUUUUCGCAGAGCCGCGAGAUUUGGCGCCGCAGGGCUGAAGCGGCUUCUGCCUGUUCACUUACACCUAAGCCUACCCAAGCUCCCUCACCUGUCCCAUCACCGUCACCCGUACCGACACUUCGACAGAAACAGACCCCUGAUCUCGUGAUGGACUUGCCUGACAAGUCACCGUCACCACCCGACGAAAGCAAUCGAAGUACUGGACCGGAAAGUCCAGAUAUGACCACUGCUGCUGAGCGUUUUGCGAAACAGAACCAGUGCACUCUUAAAAAGAACACAAAGGUCAGUAGUGUGGCAUCUGCAUGUCCUGUAGCUGGUACCCAGCAACAAACGGAUGCACAGACACAGACACAACGUGCACGUCAGGCUGUCUCUCCUGCAACCAAGCCUGUACCACCACCAUCAAAACCUCAGGUAAAAGUCAAGCCACAAGUCUUGAGAAAGCCAGUUCUGCCAGCAGCACCAGUUCAACCCUCACCAGAACCCAUUCGUAAGGAUAGGCCUACCUCUCAGGAACAACAUGCAGCUGACUGAAGAGGCUGUAGUUACAGUCAGUUGAAUUGGUGCUAAAUUGUUUGCACUAAUACAGGAAUUAUACUAUAGUCAUCCUCAAGAUACAGUAAAGAUGUACCUUCAGAUUUCUUUUCAAAAAAAAUAAAACUCUUGCUUUGUGAACUUGGAUCCACAGCUGCAGUUAUGGCCAUGUACAGACAAUACUCAACAUAUAUGUACUUUGCAGUGUGUCAUGGUGGCCUUGCCAAUUGGUGGUGCCUGGUACUCCCUCCUUGCUAAAGUAAUAUAGUAGUGACAUCUAUGAUAGUAUAUAUAUACACACGCAUAUAUAUAUAUCAUCCUCUGUUAGUCUGAAUAAAAAUAAAAGGAUUGCAGAGGUUAUUUAACAUUUUGUGGCAGUGAAGAUGUUUGUUACAUCAAGAUAUUUUUUACCCUUAAUGUGUGUAAUGUUAGUCAUGUGGCUGUGCUAGUAUUGUGCUGAAUUUUUGAUGUAUGGCUCUUCAUAAAGCAAUCCCUUUCAUAAGCUUUUGUAACUUCCUUAUUGCUGUCUAACUAUGAGUUUAUUUGUAUUCUCUACCAUUAGUACUUUUCAUCAUUUGCAUCCCUGUCAUAUGUACAAAGGAAAGGAAAGUAACUUUUAACUUUAGUGUUACUAUUUCUUAUUCUUACUAUUCUGUGUAGCAUUAAUCUAAUUCAUAUUUUUUGGUACUCUUGCUUUUCACAUUGUUUCUGAUCCUCUUCAUGAUAAUAAGAGAACUUUUACCUUUAAGGUGCCAUAAAUUUCUCUGUCACAAAUAUAAAUGUGUCACAUUGUGCUUGGCUGUUGUAACAAAAUUGUAAGCUGUUCGUAUCCACUAUUUGUAAUAGUACGUACAGUACUUCAAAGCAGUUGUUAACAUUAUAUUAUGAAUGAAAAGUAUGUAAUGGAUAUCAUCAGUAGUUCUUCAGUAUGGGCAUAUUGUGAACUGUCAUUGGUGAAAACCUCUCUGAGAAAAUUUGAUCACUCAUUUGUUUUAAUUCUUGUAUCAACAUAUUUUUCAUCUCGUGCAGAGCUUCUUGCUACUCUAGAUUUUACAACAGAAUGUAGCUUUCUUGGUCUUUCUUUCUUACUAAUUCAUGAAUUUUUUCCAACAUUUCUGUCCUUGUUGGUGGGCGAAAUUCGAUAUUUGUGUUCUGUAUUGAACAAAAUGUGUCUCAUGCUUGAUGUUGUUUGAUAACUAUCAUUUUGUUAUAUUAGAGUUAUUUUAAAAGACUGAACUUUGUAAUAAAUAUAUUCACAUAACUGUGUACAAUAAUGUAUGUGCUGAUUGUAGCAUAAAUGUAGGUUUUCUAUUGACACUGUUAUCUGUGUGUGUUUGUGUGUGUGUGUGUGUGUGUGUGUGUGUGUGUGUGUGUCACAUUAGAUAGAAUGACAUAAGCUAUCUACUAUCUACUAUGAACUGACAGAAUGGUACUAUUAAAAUUGUCUGAUUUUACAAUAAGUGUAGAGUUGAUGAUAUGUGAUGUAUUUUUGCAUGUUUAUGAAGAUAGUCACAACUUUGUAGUUCCAUUGAACUGGCUUUUGUUAAAUGAAAUGAUCCAACCUCUAGUUCAGUUUAUAUCAGUAUUAUGUACAAAAAUCGCCUAAGAUCAUGAGGCCUAAGUUGAGCCCCACUUACCUUACGGAUAACUGCUCAAGUGUAUCACAAUUAAAUAUUUUGCUGUAAAUUUCAGUCAGUGAUACGAAAAUUUCCAUGAUUUUGUUAAAAUACAGACAUUUGGUUCUGGUAACACUAUUCUCCUAUUGUAAAUGUGAUAAUUGCUCUUGUUCUUUACUUGGAGAGAUUAUUCAUGUACUCAGUAAUACUUGAAUAUGAUGUAAAAAAAUUGAGUCAUUUAUGUAAAUUCUGCUUAUACCCAUUCUUUCAUGUGAUACUUAAUAUUUCUGUGUAGAAUAAGUUUUUUUCUGUUACUUGUAAAAAGAUGUUACUGCAACCACUGUGGAAGAAGUUUAGUGCUGAUAUAAAAUAUUUCCAUGAUUUGUCUUAUUGCCAAAUUAUGAAUUUUUGUUCCAUAAAACAUUUGAAAAUUCCUUAAAACUUUAUUUGGUUAGUGCAGAGAGACACCAUGUAUUUUUUCUUUCUUUUUUCUUUUUAUUAUUUAAGAAGUAGUUACCAGAGAUUAAAAAACAUGUUUAUCCCCAAAAUCUUUCAUUGGUUAAGUUUAAUUGUGAAUGAGUGAAUUGUUAACAAUUUUGUUAUAUGAAUUACUUUGUCACCUAAUUUAUACUCAAAUAUAACUGUAGAAUAAUCUGUUUCUAAGUAUGCAAAUCUUUCUCUAUGGACUCAACAGCAAUAUGAGAUUAGAUGUGAAAUGAACUAGAUUCUGAAGGGAUUUCACAUUACUUUAAGCUGCUAUUUUUGUGUGUGUAUGGUGCGAUACAUGAUUUCCACUGAAAGAUUUUAUAUGCAGAGAAUUCAUACAGUAUGAAACUUGUAUUACAAUUGCUGGAGGAAUAUGUAUACAUCUAAAUUUAUAUGAACAGUUUCUUAUUUCUGUGUUAUCCAACUGCUGUUAGGAACAGAACAUGGUCAAAAAUAUGUAGCAUAUUACCAUUUUCUCUUCUACCAUAAAAUGUAUUUGCAUGUUACCACUUAAUAAUACCCAUGAGUCCAAGAGGUAGCUUACUUCAUAGGACUGUGUACUAGGAAAGGAUCUAGGAAGAGUUAGUAUACUAUCAGAUGAUAGUACAAAGGCACUUCUGUUAGGAGCUGCAGUGUCAGUUAUUAAUAUUGUUAGCUUGGGGUCAUAGAAGAGAGAGUGAAGUGUUUGGUAUAUAAAUAGAACUGUAAUGGGGCCAGCAGUAAGGCCAUUAAACAUCUACAGGUGAGAUGUGCCACUAUGAUGGAAACAUAAAUAUCUGCCACUCUGAAUCCGAAUCAAUUUUUCUAAUAGAGGAAGAGAGAGAUAAAUAAUAAAAAGAACACAGACCCAUCAUAUUAUGGGUAGAGUAGCCUUUGUCACUUAGUGACAGACAGAGUUCACAUUCAAUGGAGACUGCUUGCCAUUUCAUUUAUUAGUUUCCAGCAUAUGUUCCUGAGAGACGUGAAACAUAGUUAGUUUUGUUGUAGUCGUUAACAAAAGUUCUCAUAGUGUGAAAAGACAGAAAACAGAAGGAAAAACACAUUACGAGUGUAUUUAGGACCUUAAAGAAGAUAUGAAUAUUUUAUGUUACUGUUUUUAAAUUACCAUGAUAAGAAAAAAUUAAAAGAAUUUCCAAAAUAGCUUUCUGUUCACAGACCAGCCUUAUUAUCGUUUGGUAACAGUAUGUCUCUCCAGGUUUUUUUCCCUGUCUAGUCUUUUUACAGAUCAUCAUCAAAAUAUUAUGUUGAAAUAAGGUUCUCUGUUUAUCCUUUUCUACUUACUUCUGAAAGACAAAGAUUUUUGUCAACUGAUAAUUUGCUGGCACCGAUCAGGUUUUUGAAAAUGGAUUACUUCAUAUCAUUUCAGAGAUUUUCCUUGAAAAUGUGUUAUUGAUGGACAACCCAUCUUAAAAGUCUACAACAUUAUUGUCUGUCAAAUUAUUGCCAACCUAUAUAAAUUCUGUUUACUGAAACAUUGUUUUGCAGUAACCCAAAUAAUACAAAGGAUACUGUAAAAGGUGACUAGAGAUUUGAUAUAUUGUUACAUCUGAAAAGAUUUUUGAGAGACCAUUACCAGUCACAAAUUCUUUUGUUGACUAGAUAUUAAAGUUGGUCUUUAGUCUUGGCAUUCGCUGUGGCCAUCUAUGUUCAUAUGAAAUGGCCGUCUCCUAGUGGCAUGUUCAGUUACUUCCAUGUCUCCAUAGAACUUGUUAAGUACAGUUUAUCAACUUGCAGAGGAACUUAAAACACAUCAAUACAAUAAACUCUACAACUUUAAUACCUAUGUUUAUUUGUGUUAACUGUUUUUCGUAUUGUCACUGUAGCAUAAAGAUGAGGUUUGUACCUUGAAAAAAAUUUGCUUUAUUACAUAAUUGUGGCAGCUGACAAAAAAUUGUGACUGGUAGCAGCCUCCAAAAAACUUUUCCAUAUUUUUGAAACAGUCAUGGUUCAUUAACACUUAAUAUCUCUUUUAAUUGUUACAUCUUAUGCCAAAGCCAUUAAAACAUACACAUUCUGACUUGCCUGACCAAGGAAGGCAGUGUUGAUAAUUCACUUGUCAGCAUAUGAGUUGCUUCCGACAGAGAGAAAAAAUAAUCAAGCUCUGUUGGGAAGGGUAUUUUACAUGGUGAAUCACUGACUACUUGGAGAUGAAAAGAUUAUUCUUCUGCAGUUGUAUGUGUGUCACUCUCCGAUCUCGGGAAGUAAAUUUCAUUUUUUUUAUAAGUGUGUUUUGUAACCUGUGUCACUUCUCAUGUAUCACUGAGUGCAGCCUUUAUACCUUUCCAAAAUAUUUGGUUUAUUAUUUCAAGUUCACUAAGAAGAAAAAACACACAUUUUGGUUGCAGUUGGCAGGUACAUAAAUAGAGGCCACUGUCGUAUGGCUAUAAUGUGGACAAUUACCAGAACUAGUCAAAAAGUUUAGAGCUUAUAUCAGUAACCAGAUUGACUGAAUGUAAUAAUCACACUUAUGUCAUAACAGAAAAUAUCUUUAAAGAUUGUUGAAACACUCUUGGAGUUUCUGCUAGUGUUUUUGCUCAGAAUGCGAAGGUCCUAUACUUAAUUAUGCAUAACUUAAAUCUUUCAUUGUUGCAGAAUUUUCAGGUGAUACAUGUUUAUUCCUACAACAGAGGAUUGUAACUUGAUAUACACAGUGGUAAUAAGCUGAUAAAUUUUGGUGUUAUUGUAUCUUCAGUUAAAAAAUAUUUAAUGGUGAGAUGAUUGCUUGGCGUAAAAUAUUCAGUAAAAUAGAGAUUCAUGCUUAAACCAUUACAGGGUAACAACUGAAUAAAUGCCGUAUAAUGUUCACUGUAGUUGCUGUGUGUGUGAUAUGAAGGAAACUUGUGGCCUGCAACAUAUUAUUAGAUACACUUCUAUUCUGCUGAUUUAUAGGGCGCUCUGAAUAAUGUGAUGAUGUAAUAGUCAGCAACACAGAAAUAAAAUUUUUGGCAAGAAGCAAUAUGUAUGGAGGGCAAUUAACCCACUGACAUGGUCAGUGUCUGUACAUUAUGAAAAAUGGGGGAGGGGGGGGGGGGGCGGGAGUUAUUUAAAUUGAAUUCAUUUAAUUACCAGUGCAUUUUGAACAGACUAAGGAAAGGACUUACCUCAGAAUUUAAUAAUUUACUCAGUUCAAUUUUAUCACCAUUUUCUCAACCAUCCCGCAUUUCCCUCCCUGUUUCUCUCUCUUUCUGUUUCCUUUCCACUAAGUUCCUAAUUGCAUUAUGCAUUCCACUUUUUAUUUCUCUUCUUCUUUAAGCCAGCUUUACUUUUCACUGUGUUCCUUCUGUCAUUUCUAAACUGAAGGUGGCACUGUGUUUCUCUUUCAUUCCUCCCCCACACUUUUUCUCAUGUCUUCCCUUCUUCUUCGUCUCCCUUAUUGUUAUGACUGUUGGGCUCUCUCAGUCUGGGGUCUGAGUAUCCUGUGUCUCCUUUCCAUCACCCCACAACCAAUGCCUCCUUCCUCUUGAAGGAAUGAAUGUUGAUGUUUCAAGCUAGUAGUUGCCCCUAGUAUUUACCGUACUCGGAAUGUGCCCUCCUUACUUUCCAGCUCUUCGUAAGUAAAGGAAUGCAAUGAUGUAAAGGACAUUUGAUUCUUUUUGUAAUAGAUUUUUAGUAAAUCUUGUAAAAAUGCUUUAACAAUUGUUGUUAAUUACUGUAAAAUUUUCUACGUUUUUGUAUUAUGUCAUUGCUCUUGUUGCUUUUUCCUGACAAUUUGGCUCUGCUGUUGAAGUUUCCUUCCUGGUAUGGCUGUGACUGUCAGAUUAGGCUCCAGCAGAAGAUUAGCAGUGGGCUUAAACACCAGUAGAAGACAAGGAGAACAAUACUGUUCAGACACCUAGAACAUUUUAUAAUACCUGGCUGUGCAACGUAUUAGGUAGUUACUGUUAUCUUGUUAAAGACAGUAAUUUGGCUGGGUUGACUUCAACCAAAUCAAAGACACCAUUGGUGGUGAUGACAGGUAUUGCACAGUUGGCCUCCAUAACUAGCACAUUUCGUAACUAGUGAAAGUAAUACUUUACAGAACUAAUGACCCAACUCUUCACCUCUUUAACAUAAGGCCAAACUUAAUUCUUUAAACUAUUUUAUUGUAAUUACAGAGUUCCAUAUCACUGAUCUGUUUUUCAGAAGAUCUGUUCAGUACUAUGGGAAAUACACGCUAUUCACAAAUUUUGCAAUUGGUUCAACUGCUAAAUUGACAGAAGUAUUGGAUAGUAACUAAAAGCAAGUUUUUUAUAUCCACCCCCGAAACCACUUUACAUGUUGUCAAUUUAAAGUAAACACCAUUUUAAUCUUUUUUUAAGUUUAUGUAAAAUUAUGGCUGGAGUGUGGAGCAAGUAAGAGGAAAUUUCACACUACUUCAUAUAGGUAUGUUUCCAGAAAUAAUGAAUUUAGGAUGUCGGGCCGAACAAUGACAGAUAAAUGCUUUCAGAGUUUAGUUCAUUCUACCUUUAAUUUUGUUAGUACUGUAUUGAUACUACUAGUAAAGACUCAAAAUCAAAGAUCUGAAAUACCUACAGGAUUUUAUAUCUGUAUACAGAUAUGCUUUACCAACCAGGUGGAGAAUUGCAGAAUGUUUCAUGGUCAUGAUCAGAAGGAAACAAAUAUAUGUAAAAUUAUAUACAAAAUUGUUUUGUAUGCUGACUUUUUUCCCUACAUGAAUGGAAAGCCUGUAAUAUAGUAUGUAUUUAAGUUAGAACUAAUCCAACAUAUGCUGUAGAUGCUUCAUUUACGUAUACCCUCCAACAUUCAACGAAACUUGUAUUUUUUAAAUAUUUGCCUUUUUAGACUUUUGUAAUGUGUGUAUAUCAUUGUACCAAUGUUAAUAAGGGAACAUAACACCAAAGUUAAUAUAAAUUAUAAUCAAUGAAUAUUUUGGACAAUUGUAAUUGUGUAACUGAUGGAAUCAGCUUCCAAGUUCAGUAUUAUUCAUUGUAGAGGAAUGAUGGAAUGUGUUUUGUAUUAUGUAUUUUUAAUGUUGCCAUUAUUCUGGCAGCUGUCCUUUGUUUAUACAACUAACUGUAGCAUUUGGAUAUGUAUACUACUUCAGAGUUCAAGCUGUAAGUAUGUAAUAAACUAAUCUGAAGUUGAA